GGAUUGAGUUACAUGAGAAGCACACGCCACUGUCGCAAACCUUCAGGUCGCAAACUUUCAGGUCUGUGACUGCACUGCAGCACUGUUUCCAAGGUCUCAGAAGCUGGCACAACUUGACAAUCCAAACUCAACCAGAUGGUGAUACUGGAUGUGUUAAUAAUAGGGGCUGGCCCUCAUGCCUUGACCCUAGCUAGCUUGCUAUCAAACCCUGACCCUGAUCCAAAUUCAGAACCCAGACAUGACUUGCCCCUCUCCCUCUCGGACCCUCCAAGGCCUCAGACAAACCCAGAAACAUCCAACAACAAACGCUGCAGUGGCAAGAAGAAGAGGAGGGCGACAGCCGUCUCUGCAGGCCUGACACUGGAGGAUCGACUAGCAAAGUCAACGAUAUCAGAGAGGGUCAAUUGCCCCCUGCUGAAUCUCCGAGUGGUAGAUUCCUAUGGUGAGUGGACCACUCUGUGGGAGAGCCAGUUCACAGCUCUGAACAUCCCUCAUCUGCGCUCACACACACUGGUGCACACAGACCCUCUCAAUAAGAAAGCGCUGCAGGAGUUUGUUUUAAAGUCUGGUCGUUCAGCGGAGCUUUACAGUCUUCCAGACCAGGUUUAUAUUCUGGACAAAAAUGCAUUUUUCAAUGAUAUGAGGCUCGGCAGGAAGGAGAGGAAACGUCUCAACAUCACCUCAACACUCAAGAAGAGUUUAUCCUUCAGUCUGCCAGGAACCAAACUUAGUGUGGAUUUCUUUAAAGAUCAGGUGGAGAGAUGCAACUUGGACAAGGUGCUAGUGAAGGGAACAGUGGAGCACAUCACGCCUGUGAUUGAGGAAAAGGAAGAGGUGAAAGAAGAGGCUAACUGGAUAAAAGAGGGUGAGGCCAUGAGAGGGACUGAAAGGAAGAGAGUGAAGUAUUUUCAAGUCCAACUUCAAGAUGGCAUCAUCCUAAAAGCCUGCCAGGUCAUUAUGGCGACGGGUCCAACCCGUGCCCAGAUGGCAAACAUCCCUCAGUGGGUGAAAAGCAUUGCAGAGCGCUACCCAGAGGAGCGUUUGCAACACACAGUGCACCUCAUGCACAACCUGCCAACUGCUCGGCAAAAACUUAAAGACACAGAUAAUCAGCGACAGAAAGAGACUUUUUCCACUCAAGUGUGUGAGGCAGGGCAGAAAGUAAUGGUAGUUGGUGGAGGUCUGACCAGCGCUCAUGUGGUCUCAAUUGCCCUGCAGCAAGGUGCCAGCCAGGUGACAUGGGUCAUGAGGAAGCACCUCCAGUUAAAGCAGUUUGACGUGGGUGACGUGGAGAGCCUGGUGGGUCGUUACUCCCACGUGGAGCACGGCAUCAAGAUGGAUGGCCAAGCUUACCUGCGGCAGUUCUAUAAUGAACGGAGUCUCCACAAACGGCUGGCUAUGAUUCGCCAGGCGAGGAAAGGAGGUGCCGUCACCCCGGAGGCCUACAUCCACCUACAGCCUUUCAUAUUGACUGGACAGGUGGACGUGAAGACAUACUGUCAGGUGAGUGAGGCAAGCUGGUGCUACAGGGGCCAGGCCUGGAGUCUCUCCCUCAGCACAGGGGACCACUGGACUGGAGAUAUGAUCUGGCUCGCCACCGGCUGCAAACUUGACGUCAACCAGGACCCAUUGCUUUCUGAGGUGAUGAAGGAAUUCCCCAUUCAGGUGAUAGACGGUUGGCCGUGCAUAUCAGAAAGCUUACAGUGGGCAGAAGGGUGCCCGCUCUACCUGAUGGGGCAGUACACCGCUCUUCAGGUUGGACCUCAUGCAGUCAACCUGGCCGGCGGACAGGCUGCCAGCAUGCGAAUCACCAAAGACAUCAUGCGCCGUCAGCAACAGGACAAUGCAGAGGCUUCUGAACUGAGUGGGGAGAAAUCUAAAACUGAAGAAUAUAUUAAACAGAUGCAAGGCCUUUUAUGGCUUUAACUUUACAAUAUAGCCCGAAGAACUGAGAUGCACGUGUGUGUGAGCAGUCUAAUAUUCUUGUUGGCCUACUAUGUGGGCUUGAUUAAAUGGAUUGCACUUAAAUAACUGCAGUGAAACCUGUGAAACUCACUUUUUUGGGGGAUAACAAUUGUAUUUUAAAUAAAC